UAGUUAUAAUACUCCCAAGUGCGAGUAUUUACCAAGAUUUAAAUACUUUCUUUUUUAACCGUUUCGUAAAUCUCUAGACGUCAAUGUCAAAAUUAUUAAAAAAAUACACAGCUCAAAACAAAACGUGAGGUUAUCUUGUGAAUAAAUAACUGAAUUAAAUAUAUUUAUAAUGCCGAAACCUACGAAGCUACAUGCGAAAAAGAAGCCUACUUCUAUUCAGAAGUCGGUGAACGUAGAUAACGAGAGCUCUGCAGGAGCAGAUCCUGAAGAAUCUUUAAGACAAUUCCAGUUGGAGUUGUGUUGGUGUAUCCAACAGUUGGAGAAGACAUUAGCUGAAAACAAAGGAAAUGAAAAGCAAUUGACCGAGGCAUGGAAGGUGGUAAAUGUGUUAAAAAACAACAGCAAACCCAUUAUACGGAAGAGGCAGCUCAUGAGGACGCAUUUCGGUGACUACAGGGCGAAAAUGGCGGCUGAAGAAAAGAAACUGGCUAAAAUGUCAAGUAAAAUCAAGAUAACAGACACACCGGCCCAGCCAAAAGCAACAUUCCUCAGAAAAUCAGCAUUUUUGACAACUGGAGACUCAUCAUUUAGGUUCAAAUUUAAUUUAGCCCCAGAACAAGUUGAUGCUGGCAACACAAUAGAUGGCAACACUUUAGAAGAGGGAGAUACAGCAGCCAUAGAUAAUAAAAACAAUGAUACCACUAUGAAAAAUGACACUAAUUCACAAGAAAACAAGAAAUUCAAAUUUACAUUCUCUGAUUCUGAAUUUAAAUUUAAUUUUAAUGUAAAUAAUUCCUAACAUUAAGACAAUCAGUAAAUGUGUUUGAAUUUGGCAAAUUGGAGGCUUUCAAUCUGGCUUGCUGAAUUGUCACACUAAAAAGACAUGUAUGAAGAAGUUAAAAUGUAAAGCCUAGUUCAGACUACCUUAGUAAUUUAGUCGCGUGGCGAGUAUUACGUGUCCGAACACCAAAAAUUUAGGCGAGUAGAUUAGUCAGUGAUUUAGUCAAGUGGAUCCAUUUUAUUCUAUUUUUUCCGGCGAGUGAACCUCCCCCCAUCACUUACUAAUCUACUCGACAACAUUUUUGAUGUUCAGACACGUUUAGUAACUAAAAUACUCGCCACUUGACUAAAUUAACGUAGUCCGAACACUCCGAACCAGCGUUUCAUUUUCUACUCACUUGUAACUCGCUUGUUUGUAGUGCGAACGAUUUUUGGUCAUGACUCAUUACUAACAUAGUACGAACUAGGCUUAAGUAAUGGAAAUUAGACAGUAAAAGCCGUAACAUACUACCGCACCGCACCGCGACCUAAGUGCGGUCAAAAUAUCUCUAUCUCGCUCUAACUUAUAGCUGCUUCCUUAACGCACGUACGGCGACGACCUUACACACUAUCGAUACGUGCGCCGCACCGCACCUAGGUCGCGGUGCGGUGCGGUAGUUUGUUACGGAUUUAACUGUCUAAUUUCCAUUACUUAAGCCUAGUUCGGCCUAAAGACCAAUAUUGGUAUGCA